CGAAAAUACAUUAAAGAAAAAUCAGUUCAUAUUGAAUCGUGACUAAUUGAAUUCUAAAUGAAUGAAAAUAAAGCGAUUUCUGAAAAAGAGCUUUUAAACUCGAUAAAAAAUCUUUUGAGAAAAAGUGGACACUUGAAUAAAUUUCAAGCCGAGAUGAGAGCGAAAGUGACAGAAAUUCUCCAAGACAAGCAAGUGUCCCUUAACCCGAAUUACAAAAACACAGGAGCCCCAAAGCCCAAUAGUGAAGUACUACUAAUCAACGAGCUUGUAAGAGAAUACUUGGAGUGGAACGGAUAUCUAUACACAGCAUCUGUUAUGUCUUCUGAAGCUGGUAUGGCAAAGACUAAGAGAUCCAGAGGAGAACUUUGCGCUGAGGUAGGGGUUAAAGAUGACGAAAAGUCUGCUACCUUACCACUGCUAUCGAAUAUUAUUGCCGCUUAUUCGGAUCGAAUCAAACGCAAGAUUAAUAAAGUGAAGAGAGAUGUACAGUAGUGGCAUUUUUGUACUUUUUAAAUUGUAGUAAAUUCAAUGUUUUAUACUUCUGAUUUAUAUGUGAUAUAUUUUAGUACCGUUUGUGCUCAUUAAAUAGAUUUAAAAGUA